UCUUUCUCCCUCAUCUACCUGGGGCUUCUGGGAGAAGUGAGAAUCCCACGUGGCCUUAGCACAGAGGGUCUGGGAGACCCCCCUCUUCCCCCUCUCCCUGCUACAGGCAGACUGCGCAGCCCUGGGAGGUCGGCUGAGGAGUUCUUGGAUCUCCUGCUCCAGGACUUUGAGACGGCCUCCAGAAACAGCUCUGCAACCAGAAGGCGGCAGAAUCGAAGUGAGCAGGCAGCCAGGGACCUUGCUCAGAAGGGGCCCGAGAGUGACGCGAAUACCCUGGGAAGAGGCUAGAUUGCCGCGGCUGCAGCAGAGACUGCCACCCUCAGCUCACACCCUGUUGGAUCAUGCUCCCCCCGACCAGGUCUGCUGCUAUGGCGCUGGCGAUGCUGCAGGACUGGUGCCAGUGGAUGGGCGUGAACGCGCAGUGCUCACUGCUCAUCCUGGGCAUCCCUGAUGACUGCGACGAACGUGAAUUCCAGGAAGCCGUGCAGGCUGCCCUGUGGCCCCUGGGCAGGUACCGAGUGCUGGGCAAGGUCUUGAGGAAGGAGCUCGGGGCCAGGGUAGCCUUGGUCGAAUUCCCUGACAGUUUAAACAGAAGUUUAAUUCCCCGACAAAUGCCAGGCAAGGGGGGACCCUGGACUGUGGUCUUCCUGCCCCAGGCCUCUGAUGAUGAGUUACAGGACAGACCCAAUUUCCCUGCACAGUCUCAGGGGCAAGAAGUGGCAGCAGCUGUAGGUGAGGGAGGAGCAGAAGAUGAGAGAAGAGCUGCAGAUGAGGCAGAAGAAGCAGGUGAAGUAGGAGUUGCAGAUGAGGCAAGAGCAUCAGAUGAGGAGGGAGCUGCAGGUGACAUGGGAGUUGCAGGUGUUCUAGGAGCUUUGGGUAUGGUAGGAGCUGCAGGUGAGGCAGGAGCUGCAGGUGAUGGAGGAGUGGCAGGUGAGGCAGGAGCUGCAGGUGAGGCAGCAGCUGCAGGUGGGGCUGAAGAGGCAGGUGAAGUAGAAGCUGCACAUGAGGCAAGAGUGUCAGAUGAGGAGGGAGCUGCAGGUGACAUGGGAGUUGCAGGUAUCAUAGGAGCUGUGGGUAUGGCAGGAGCUGCAGGUGAGGGAGGAACUGCAGGUGAUGGAGGAGCUGCAGGUGAGGCAGGAGAUGCAGGUGAGGGAGGAGCUGCAGGUGAGAGAAGAGCCGCAGAGGAAGCAGAGGAAGCAGGUGAAGUAGGAGCUGCAGAUGAAGCAAGAGAGUCAGACGAGGAGGGAGCUGCAGGUGACAUGGGAGUUGCAGGUGUUCUAGGAGCUGUGGGUAUGGCAGGAGCUGCAGGUGAGGCCGGAGCUGUAGGUGAGGAAAGAGUCUUGGAUAUGGCGGGAGGGACAGAUGAGGCAGGAGCCCGGACCCAGCAGUGGAACCAGGCCCUGCAGCCAGUCCUGGAAAACAUGGCCUAUGAGGAACUGAGAAGCUUUUCUGGGAUGGAAGAGCCAGCCUGUGGGGAAGACUCCUUCGAGAGCUGGCUGGAUCAUGCCAACGACAUGCUGUACCUGUGGCGCCACAUAUCGGAGAGGGAGAGGAGGAGGAGGCUGGUGGAGAGCUUGGGUGGGCCUGCCCUGGAUCUCAUGUGCGGGCUCCUGGAAGAAUAUCCAGACACUCCUGCGCAGGACUGCCUGGCGGCGCUGGUGCAGGUGUUUGGGAACAAGGACACUGGGAUGACCGCGCGGCUGAAAUUCCUGACUUGCGCUCAGCGGCCUCAGGAGACUCUCUUUGCCUAUGUGAUGCGCCUGGAAGGCCUGCUGCAAGUGGCCUUGGAGAAGGGGGCCAUCCACCCAGCUAUUGCAGACCAGCUGCGAGCCCGACAGGUGCUGAUGCGGGCCCGACCCAACCAGAUGCUCCAGAACAACCUGAGGAGGAUGCGUCUGGAGAGGAGGCCACCUGGCUUCCUAGGGCUUCUCCGGCUCAUUCGGGAGACGGAGGCAUGGGAGGCUGCCCGAGCUAGGAAUGAGCAGUUGGAAGGCCAGGAGGGAGCCAUAGUACACAGUGGAGACCCAGCUGCCUCCCAGGGUGUGCAGGCCCAGGGAGAUGCUGCUGAGUCUGCCCCUACCACGAAUGACACCUCCCAUCCCUACCCGGGUAAUGGAGAUGCCAGUGCAGUUGCUCCUGACCCUGAGCAUGCUGCAGAGGAUAAUUCUGGUCCUGAUGAUGCCAUAGCGUCCCCUGCCACUCGGAGAAGUGAAAAUGCUUUGGUCCCUGCAGGCCUAGACCAGGCAGGACACAAUGAGGCCCCAGGGGCCCCCACCCCAGCCCGCAUGGGCAGGGUUUCUGACGCCAGCCCAGGGGGGCCUGGCUGGAUGCCAGAAGACCGGGCCCAGGAGGAAGAGCGGGAGGCCUAGGAGCCCCUGCCAGAGGAGUCGGGAAAUGAGGAUGGAGCUGGGGAGACUGGCCACCCUGAGUCCUCCCCAGGUGAAUAGGCUCAGAAGGCCCAGGGGCCUCCUCUCCUCUCAGGCAGCAGAGCCCUGGAGGCAGGGGCAGGCCAGGCCAGGGCCUCCGCCUCACCCCACAUCAGAAGCAGGGCCCAGGGCAGGGCUUGCCCAGCCCAAAGCAAGUCCCUGGAUGCCCCCAGCUCUCCAAAGAGGCCCUGGCCACCACCACCAGACCUUCCCGGUGACCCCAGUGACCACGUUUGGCACCAAAUGGAGCAGGGAGAGGUGCCGGUCCCCAUGGAAGCCCCAGCCCCAGUCCUGGCCUAGAUGGGGGGCUGAAGACACCUGCCACCUGCACUGGACUGGGAGACAUUGGGGGAAAAGUCCAUCUCAAGGGUGCCAGCUGCCUGGCUCCCCCAACAGGGGCAUACCGCCCCCAUUCAGUGUCCCCGGGAGCCCACCCUUAUCCGUAGGCCCCAUAAAGACCCACCUCAAGCAAACACCCACCCCCACACCAGCCAUCGUUCCUGUGCAAAGCCGUGAGGUGUGUGUCAAGCCCGGGCGGAGGUCCCUGCCCUCGCCGCCGGCCAGCUCCAGGCCCGGGCUCGUGCCGUGAGCUUCUGGGCGAGCCAAGGCCCUGCUCGCUCCUGUCCAGUGUCGUGAGCUCAACCUCUGCUUUCUCGGUGUAGAUCUAGGCCAGCUGCCUGCCGCUUGUGCCCGUGGAGAUGUGUGUGUGUUCUUAUCUGAGCAGUUCCUCCCAGGAGGCCCUGAGCCCAGUCCCCAAGAGACGGAGACCCGGACGGCGGGAAGGAUGGACGGCGAGGGCGUGGCUGACGGCCACGGCGUGGUGGUGAUGUGGCGUCGCCUCGGGCAGGAAGCACCGGACCUUGGAUGGAGGGGAAGGGCCGGGCCUGUGCGUGGACGUUCCACCCCUGUUGUCGCUUGUGACUCAGUUUCCUCGGCUUGGGGGUGUUCCCUGUCGUGCUUUGCAGUGUGCCGUGACUGUCCUGUGCCCGCCGUAGGGCAGGGGCCGCCCCACAGCAAGUCAGCCAGCCCCUCAGGGGGUUCCCGGUUGGAAGCCAGUGCUCAUUGCCAGAGGCCAUGGUCCUGGCGAGAGGCAGACCUGGGGCCCUCAGGAAGGGAGAAGGUGGCGGGAGGGCCCCAGCGUGGAGACCAGGGAGGAGGCACCUGUCUGCAGGUGUCCAGGAGGAGGGGGGCCCGGGACCUGUGGCCUCGAGUGGUCGUGAGGAGUCCCUUUAGGUGUUGUCAUCCCCUUCUCUUCAAUGGUUUCUGUACAUGUUUCUCUUCAAUAAAUCUCGUGGAUG